AAUAAAUAAAUAAAAUGUUGGCUGAACUAUUUCCUUUCUGGACAAAUUACGGUUAUUGCUUAAUAAUAAUUCCCAUUUUUUACGGUAUUAUAAACAUAAUAUCAAAGUACAAACAGUUGCGUUGUGAAAGUGGUGAAGAAAAUAAAAAUUUAAGAGAUAGUUAUUCAACAGAGUACAUUGAAGACGAGCCGGGUAAUGAUGAACCGGCUUUAUCAAUAGACUUGGAACACAUUCCUUAUGUUUAUGCAAAGCCAAGUGUUGAAGAUCUGAAAAAUCGUGCUAAAGAAUUUUAUAAAAUUGCUAACGCACGGAGAACAAUUAGAUUUUUUAGCUCAGAGCCUGUUCCUCGCAGCGUUAUUCAUGAUAUAAUUAAAGCAGCAGGGACAGCACCGAGUGGUGCCCACACGGAGCCUUGGACUUUUGUGGUGGUGUCUGAUAAAGAAACGAAGAUGAGGAUAAGGGAGAUAAUCGAACAAGAGGAAGAGAUAAACUAUAAAAAACGCAUGGGUAAAAAGUGGACGACAGACUUGAAGCCGUUGAAGACAAAUUGGAUUAAAGAGUAUCUCACGCAAGCACCGUACUUAAUAAUUGUGUUUAAGCAGAAGUACGGUAUGCUGGCUAAUGGAAGACCUAAGAUUCAUUAUUACUGCGACAUGAGUGUCUCGAUAGCCUGCGGGAUUCUCAUUACGGCUAUUCAGUUUGCGGGACUUGUUACACUCACUUCGACGCCCUUGAACUGUGGACCUGCACUCAGAACUCUUUUGGGACGUCCUUUCAACGAGAAAUUGUGCCUUCUUUUACCUGUCGGGUAUCCGGCUGACGAUGCAACGGUACCUAAACUUGAGCGCAAGCCUUUGGAAGAUAUUUUAAUUGAGAUUUAAAAGUGGAUUAUUU